CAGGUGGAGGCGGCUGAGCGAUUUUGUCUCAGAUUUGCUUGAAAUCGUAAACAAAGAACAAACACAAACACAAACACGCCUCUGUCUCUGAAUCUCUUUUUGCUGAGAAAACCUUGAGAGAGGAGAGAAUGGGAAUCCCAUCGGAAAUGAGAGACAUGUGGGUCAACACCCGCCGCAGAGACGCUUUCCUGAUUCCUUCUCCACUUGAAGACGAGAUGCGACUGAAGGCCUUGAGGGCCAAAACCUGCACUCAAGAGGGGUCUCGUCAGGGAUUCAAGGCAGCUUGCAUCUGGGGUGCUGUCAGCGCUGUGCCCACAUUGACUGCGGUUCGUAUGAUUCCUUGGGCAAAGCGUAACCUUAAUUAUACUGCUCAAGCACUGAUUAUAUCUGCUGCAUCCAUUGCUGCAUACUUCAUUACCGCUGAUAGAAGUAUCUUGGAGUGUGCUAGAAAAAAUGCACAGUUGCAACUAGCCUUGAGCCGCCAGAAGUGAUUUUAUGCAGCUGGAACUCGCAAUGAUAUGAAUACCAUACAAUGACUUAUCGUGCCACAUGAUGGUUCUGCAUAGUAGAGGAGCCUGUUGUUUACUAGGUGCACCCGACCUUUUUCCAUUUCUUCUCUUUCCCAAAGAAGAAUAAUGUGUUCAUUAAUAAGGCUGGCCGGCUGAGGGUACUGUGAGAUCAUUGUGGCCUUUAUUACGAUAAACUAUAAGAUUUUCAGUUUGUUAAUCUGCAUUGUGUUCAUAUCAGUGGCUAUUCUUGUCAGCCACUUUUGAAGUGUUUUGUUUGGAAUAUUGAUGAAUUCUGAAGGCGGGUUCGCCAAGACAGUGCUUAAAUGUUGCUGAUCUUCCCCGUUCCUGAUA